AUGAUUCCAGUGAGGCGCGCCCACUCUCCUACUGCGCAUUAUAUUUACUCAAUUUUUCUCUGUCAUCUUAUGCUUUGAUAUGAACGUUUACUCUUUCUGUAGCUAGAAUGCAUUUUACUGUCACUUACUUUGGGAAUUCAUACAAAUAUGGAAAACACAGCGUCGAUAAAUGGCGCGCGCUCGGGAUACAUGUAAUCCAGAGAUUCUACCAUGAACCAACUGCACAAUGAAAACAUUCUCUCAAUCUUGGGUCACCUAAAGGCAUGAUGGGAAAAGCUCUGAGGCUGUGAUCCCUUUACAUCCCCAUGUGUACCAUGAACAGCACUGCGUGGCCUUUGGACCUGGCUGAGUUCGCGAAACCUCGGGGCUUCAACAGCUCCCAUAGCCAGUCUGCUUCCACGAGGGGCUGGGCCUUGAUUCACACAGCCACCCUUGCCUCCUGCUCCCUCCUGUUGGUCCUCAUCUUCUGCCUCGGUUCUUACGGCAACCUGGUGGUUUUCUUGUCCUUCUUCGACCCGGCGUUCCGUAAAUUCCGCACGAACUUUGACUUCAUGAUCCUCAACCUGUCCUUCUGUGACCUUUUUAUUUGCUGUGUUACUGCGCCAAUGUUCGCGCUGGUGCUGUUUCUGGACGCAGGAGAUGCUGGAGAUGGAGUGUCAAAGGGCUUCUGCUUCGCCUUCCACCUCACAAGCUCGGGCUUCAUUAUUAUGUCCCUCGAAACCGUGGCGGUGAUCGCUCUGCAUCGACUCCGUAUGGUUCUGGGUCAGCAGCCCAACCGUACGGCCUCUUUCCCUUGCACCCUGGCCCUCACGGCACUGUUAUGGACCACCAGCUUCACGCUGGCUGCUUUGGUUACUUUGCGAGCAUAUCCAAGGAGUUCCGGGCCUUGCCUGCCCCAUUUUGGUCUGACAGGAAACAAGGCCAAGGUGGUGUUAUAUGUGUACAUUGCAGAUUUUGCUUUCUGUGUUGGUGUGGUGUCCAUCUCGUACCUUAUGAUCGCUCAGGCACUGAGGAAGAACGCACAGGUGCGGAAGUGUCCCAUUAUCACGGUGGAUGCGACACGUCCCCCUGUCUCUCAUCCGCCACUCAUUGCCGCUGGUUUCGAAGGCAUGCAGUGUACAGUGCAAGUACCCUCACUUUACCGCAACCAAACGUACAAUAAACUUCAGCACGUCCAGACACACUCUUUCACCAGGAGAACCAACCAGCCCCUAGUGCCCGGGGCUGCAGCCGGAGCGACCUGCUGCCAGCUGGUCUCCACUGUAAACCUAGCCACGGCCAAGGACUCUAAAGCGGUAGUGACAUGCGUGGUGAUCGUGAUCUCCGUCCUGCUCUGCUGUCUCCCGCUGGGGAUUUCAUUGGCACAGGAUAUGGUGUCACCGGAGAGCAGCUUUGUCCACUACCAGUUUGAGCUGUGCGGAUUCGCCCUCAUAUUUCUCAAGUCCGGCAUCAACCCGUUUGUAUACUCGCGCAAUAGCGCCGGCCUGCGACGGCGUGUUCUCUGCUGCCUCCAGUGGCUGACGUUGGGCUUCCUGUGCUGCAAGCACAAGACACGUUUGCAUGCCAUGGGAAAGGGAAGCCUGGAGGUCAAUCGGAACAAGUCCUCACACCACGAGACUAACUCAGCUUACAUGCUCUCGCCGAAGCCCCAGAGAAGGUUGGUAGACCAGGCUUGUGGACCUAGUCUCCGGGAUAGCAUGCCUACCCCCUGUAUCACGGCCGGACGCAAACCCCGUCCCCCUAGCACAUCCACGCCCAUCAAUACACGAAUAGAACCUUACUACAGUAUCUACAAUAGCAGUCCGUCGGCAGGACCAAGUUCCCCCAACACCCUACAGCCGGUCAACUCUCAAACCACCGCUUUCGCAAAGAGCUACGUGGCUAUGCACUACCACACCCAUCAGGAAGUGCUGCAGGACUUUGAUAGCACUUCAGCUCAUCAGAUUCCCAUCCCAUCAGUCUAAGCUUACCGUCGCCAUUGGGAAACAUCAUACUACUCACUCUGUAUCUGAAAGGGAGCCUUUAAAGUUUUGGCUUGUGGUGUUUUGCUCAAGGGACAAUGUGCAUCAUUGAAUAUCAAAUAAAAGCUGACCAGGGGACAUCCGAUUCAGACUGUUGAAAGAAGUUGCUGUUUCUUUUCUUUCAAUUGUUAUCGCUGGCAUUUGCUGGACUGAAGGAUGUUCUAUUUUUACAUUGACAUGACAUUUUCAUGUAAUAUUCUUCAUUCAGAAAAUGUAUUUGUGGAAACAUCCUGCAUUUUAUAUAUCAACUUAUUAAAUGUUUCGCAAGUGCAACUUGCCAUGUUCCA